UUACAUAAAGCAGCGCGCUGCGCGCUCGGCGGUGUGCAGCAUGAGUUUGGAAGGGAAAGUGUCUCUGGUCACCGGCGGGGCGCAGGGCAUCGGACGAGCCGUAGCUGAAGCUCUCCUGGAGAAUGAAGCAAAGGUCGCACUGCUAGACCUCAACCAAUCUGUUGGCGAAGAAUGUAAAAGAGAUCUAGAUGGACAGUAUGGAGAGGAUAACUGUAUUUUUAUCCAAUGUGACGUGACGGACGCGGGGAAACUGGAAGAAGCCUUUCAAAACACAGUCGAGAGGUUUGGCCGAUUGGAUAUUGUCAUCAAUAAUGCUGGGAUCAACAAUGAGAAAAACUGGGAACAGACCAUUGAAGUAAACCUGACAUCUGUCAUAAAGGGGACAUAUUUAGCCCUGGAACACAUGAGUAAAGAGUAUGGAAAGGAAGGAGGAGUUAUUAUCAAUGUCUCAUCUAUGGCAGCAUUUCUCCAUUCUCCUCACCAGCCGGUGUAUACAGCAACAAAGCAUGGGGUUAUUGGAUUUUCACGAGCCUUGGCGGACGCAUCUGAGCAGGGCAAUUAUGGAGUGAGGAUCAACACACUGUGCCCAGCCUUCGUGGACACCCAACUGCUUCGCACAGUCGAGCAUGAGGAAACAAUGGGAAAGUUUGUCAAGUACAAAGAUGAAUUCAAGCAGAGGAUGGACAAGUAUGGCAUUCUUAAACCAUCUCUGAUUGCGGAAGGAAUGCUUCGAAUCAUAACAGAUGACAGUCUGAAUGGAGCUGUGAUGAAGAUCACCUGUUCUAAAGGGAUUCACUUCCACACCUAUGAGCCUCUUUCAGCUUGAGCGCAGUGACUUUAGAAAGCCAGUUCUGCUUAUUCAUUUCUCUCCACAGGCUGCUGUACAGUAUGGCCUUGAUUAAGCAAGUAAGAUGUGGAUGUUGUAAGAGUAUUUUAUUUAUCAUUUCAAGUUUUACAAUCCAAAAAAAUCUAUACUGGUGUUUGGUUGUCUUUCUGUAAUACCCUUUAAUACAAAUGUGUACAGACCCGCUUUAACUGUGAGUGAAAAAAACACAAUAUUUAUUAAUGAUUAUGAAUUAAAUGACUGUUUCUUGGCUUGUAUGAUAUACCUCAAUAAGCUAAAACCAAUAUUUUCUUACAUUUGUGUACAAUUCUUUGUUAUUUUAGAUCUUUUUAGAUUUAUGCCAAAGAAAUGUCCAUGGAAUUGUAAUUUUGUAGAAAUCAAAUAAAAAAAUGUAAAUGGAGGUUUAGGUUUCUAUUAAUGUAAACACAAAAAUGUAUACUGUACCUUAAAUGCACUUGGAUGAAGGUGUCUGAAUUCCUCCAUUGCUAAACUGUUUCAUUUUAACAAGUUAAAUUGCUAAAUACAAAUUAAGUUUAAAUGGCUUUUUUCUCUCUUUUUUUCACUCUUCAAAAAAAAUUUCACACAGCGAAAAAAGAGUUUCAGGGAGAGAGAGAGAGAGAGAGAGAGAGAGAGAGAGAGAGAGAGAGAGAGAGAAAGUCUUCGGACUUAGGCUCAGGAAAGAUCAAAGACACUGUUUAAAUUUUCUCCCCACAAUUAUUUAUUUUUCACGUUGCGGUUCAGGGCUUCCAUAGACUACAUUACUCUGUAUACAGAGUAUGUUCUAUGGACACAGUAACUAAAGUCUAGAUUAACAACUGUUGAAUAUAUACAAAACACUUCAUGGCAUAACUGACUGGUUCAUUCAUCUUAUACUAUAGGGCUGGGUCUUACUAACAUUGAAUAACAUUGUUCAGAGUGUCACAUACGAAAGUAAUUUACUUUACUUCAAUGUAACUCUGAUAAAAUGUCACAGAGACUGCCAAGAAUGUGAUUAUAAUUUUGAUGUGAUGGCAGAUUUUAUUUUAGAAUUUAAAGUAGAUGAGGGAUGGGUGUGGACUGUUUGAAUGAGAACUAUUUGAUUACAAAGGCAUGAAGGAAGUGUAUGUUUUCCAUAAUCUGAAAUAAUUUCCUCACUGCAUUCUUGUAAUAACUACAAAGACUGUUGCCAUUGUGUAACUUGUAAAAUUUUACAACAGCUGCAGCUACAUCUGUGUCUGUAAAGUCCUCACAAUAAGGCAAACAUUUAGGAAACUCAUGAGAGACUGAAAUAAAAACAUGCUAAAAAAAUAAUGUCAGCUAAAUUAAAUAAUGAAACACUUCUGUCUGUAAUUUGCUCUAAAAGACGAACCAGGCCAUUAGCAAUGAAAGUACACUGAAGGUUUGGGUGGGGUUGGAGCAGAGUUUAAAAAACAAUGUUUCAGAAUGACAGAUGAGAAUGCUCAGUUAAUGACUAGUAGGAACUAACCUGAAAGAUAUGCAGCUUGUUUUUACUUCACCGCUAUUGCAGGCAGGGAUUCAUGUGAAAUGAGAUGCAUCCAUCAGUUUGUUAAGGGUUCUGUCACUUCAUAAUGUAUGUUUUUUGAUAGUCUCUCUCUCUCUCUCUCUCUCUCU